ACAUUGUUUGUUGUUCAUGCUCUAACCGUAUUCAGCGCCACACGCUUCCUUCUAGGCCUUUUCUAAGUAGCACGGCAAUUCAGGCAAAAUGACUGAAGGAACAGCUACAAUCAGAACGAGAAAGUUCAUGACCAAUCGACUGUUAUGUCGAAAACAAAUGGUCGUGGAUGUACUUCACCCUGGUCAACCUUCAGUUCGCAAGACUGAAAUCAGAGAAAAACUUGCAAAAAUGUAUAAAGUUACUCCAGACGUUGUUUUUGUAUUUGGUUUCCGUACAAACUUCGGUGGUGGUAAAUCAACUGGAUUUGCAUUAAUCUAUGAAACUCUGGAUUUCGCAAAGAAAUUUGAACCUAAAUAUAGGCUCGCAAGGCAUGGUCUCUUUGAAAAACAAAAACAGACUAGAAAACAGAGGAAAGAACGUAAGAACAGAAUGAAGAAAGUUCGAGGUACUGGUAAAAGCAAGGUCGGAGCGGCCUCUAAGAAGGGAAAGAAGUAAAACAAACCAUUUUUGUAUAUCAAUAAUUUCGAAAGAAGAUGGUAUUAUAAUUAUGAUGAUGUAUCAAAUGGUCAGCAUGUCUACUUAUUUUGUUGGGAUCUUCAGUUCAUUACUUUUACUGCUUCUAAUUCAUCAUUUUAUGUUUAAACUUACAUCACCGUGCCAAUUAUACGUACUUAUCUGUGAAAAAUUUAAUUUCAUCGAUAGCUUUUUUUAUUAUCAUUUAUAUUUGCUUUGAAAACAAUCUAUUAGUGCAUGUUUCUGUAUAAAUUAUGGUGUUGGAA